AUGGAACAACUCUUGAAAUUGUUGGAUGAUAACAAUUAUGUAUCUAUGUAUCAAAUGUGUGAGGAUGGAGUAACCGUUAGAGAUAUAUUUUGGACUCAUCCUGAUUCCAUUAAGUUAUUCAACAUGUUUCCUAUUGUUCUCAUAAUUGGUUCAAUGUACAAGACCAACAAGUACAAACUUCCAUUAUUGGAGAUGGUUGGUGUUACCUCUACUAAGAAGACUUAUUAUGUUGGGUUUGCAAUUCUAGAGAGCAAAAAAGAGGAGAAUGUUACUUGGGCCUUAGAAGUGUUUCGAACAAUGUUUAAGGACCUAGAAGAGAUGCCUAAAGUGAAUGUUACCGACUAUGAUACUAGUUUGAUGGUUCAAUUGCAAAGGUAA